AUGGCCCUCGUCCAGAACGAACUCAGCGAACCCUAUGUGAUCUAUACCUUUCGUUAUUUCCUCCAUCAGUGGCCUCAUCUUUCCUUUCUAGCGUAUCCGGGCGACCCAUCCAAUUCUAAUCCAGUAGGUGUGAUAGUAUGCAAGCAGAGCAUGCACAGGGAUCGUGCCAAUCGAGGGUAUAUUGCUAUGCUCAGCGUCAGCAAGGAGUUCAGAAAGCGUGGCAUCGCUAGCACCUUGGUUCGUAAUUCCAUUGAGGCCAUGAGGGAGGAUGGUGUAGAAGAGAUCGUUCUCGAAACCGAGUAUGACAAUAUUGCGGCACUUUCUCUCUACGAAUCGUUGGGAUUUAUUCGCGAAAAGCGUCUUUUCCGUUUUUAUCUGAACGGGAAGGAUGCUUUUCGUCUCGUACUGCCCAUUCCUCCGUCCACACCGGAGUCUGAGUACAGUUCAGACGGGUCAAGAACCGAAGAUGAGCAGUUUGCUUCACUUGGCAAGCAGUUUGGGCGCCAGAUGAUGUAUCGGGCUAUCAGUGUGUCACCGUAUACUGACGAUGAUGAAGACGAGCCUGUUUCGCGACGUUGA